AAAAAGGGAAUUUCGGUAUCAGUCGUUGGGUUUCAAAUUCUACGCCGCCAUAGUUCUUUUUCUAAAUGUUGUAUUGCAGAGCGUAGUAGAUAGAAGUUAUAAAACAAUAUGUCGAGCAACAACAAAUUAUAUGUUGGUAAUUUGUCGCCAUCUGUGGAAGAGAAUGUGCUGAGUGAAUUGAUAAAUGAAAGAUCCGGUUGCUUUCCUGCGUCGAUUCUUGUCAAAGGUGCUGGUUAUGCUUUCGUAGAAUGUCCGGAUCCGGAAAUGGCUGAAAAAAUCAAAACGUCUCUUAAUGGAUUUCCUUUUAUGGGAUCUCAGCUGAUUGUCCAAGAUUCCUUACCUCGGCCCCGAAGAAAUAGAACAAAUAAACUUCAAGUAAGCAAUAUUGUUGCUCAUGUGCCCUGGGAUGAAGUUAAAAGCCUGUUCAACACAUUUGGGAAUGUUCUUCAGUGUGAACGAGGAUCAGGAAAAUCGGAGGAUUUCUGUAGUGCUGUUGUAACAUAUGAAACUCAAGAUCAAGCCCAACAGGCAUUUAAUCAGUUGAACGGUUACGAAUUUGAAGGAAGUUUUCUUAAAGUGGAAUACAUGAUGGAACGUGGUCCUGGAGCACGUAGCCCUCGAGGUGUUGGACGAGGUGGCCCUGGUAUGCGCAAUGCGCCUUAUUCUGGAAAUCAAGGAUUUCCCUUGAGAGCCUCUGACUUUCCUCUGAGGAUUUUAGUUUUAAGUGACAUGGUUGGUGCGAUAAUCGGCCGAUCAGGUGGUACAAUUCGUCAAAUAACUCAACAGUCUAGAGCAAGAGUGGAUGUACACCGAAAGGAAAAUUCUGGAGCUUUUGAUAAGGAUGAAAUGUACUCUGUUCAAGUAAUAACUAUUUAUGGAAAUCCUGAUAAUUGUUCUCUCGCCUGUCAAAAGAUUCUUGAAGUUAUGCAACAGGAAGCAAAUAAUACAAAUCGAGGAGAAGUUCCUUUAAAAAUUUUGGCUCACAACAACUUAAUUGGAAGAAUUAUUGGAAAGAAUGGCAACACCAUAAAACGCAUCAUGGAAAGCACUGAUACCAAAAUCACUGUAUCGAGCAGCAUGCAGGAUGUCAACACUUUUAAUUUUGAACGAGUUAUCACAAUUAAGGGCAAAUUGGAAAACAUUUGCAAAGCUGAACAAAUGAUAAGCGCUAAAUUGAGACAGAGCUAUGAAAAUGACUUGGCAGCUAUGGCACCAGCAGCCAUGAUGUUUCCUGGUCUUCAUCCUAUGGCCAUGAUGUCCACUGUUGCCAAUUCUGGUUAUCCAGGCCGUGGAGGACCUAUGCCUCCACCUCCGCCACCACCAUCUUAUGGUGGCAUGUAUGGAAAUCCACCUCCAUACAAUGUUCCUAUGAUGUAUUCACCAAAUGCAGCACCACCACAAAACCUAGAACCAGUUAAAGAAACAGUGUAUUUGUACAUUCCAAACUCGGCCGUUGGAGCGAUAAUAGGAACUGGAGGAAGUACAAUAAGAGAUAUGAUUAGCUCUUCUGGUGCUAGUAUUAAAGUAGCUCAAACAAAUAAAGAUGAACCUAUUGACCGCGAAGCAUUAAGAAAAGUGACAAUUGUUGGUACUCCUGAAGCACAAUGGAAGGCUCAAUAUAUGAUAUUCAAAAAGGUCACUUUUGAGACCUACACUGGGGCUCAAGAAUCUCACUGCCUUAAAGUAGAAAUUUUCGUUCCUUCUAAUCAAGUAGGACGCAUCAUUGGAAAAGGUGGUCAAACGGUACGAGAGCUUCAACGUCAAACUCAUGCUAUCAUAAAAUUGCCUGAAGAAAAUGAUAAUACUGAAAGUGAUGAAACACCCGUCCAUAUUAUUGGUGAUUUUUACAGCACGCAAGCUGCUCAACGCCAAAUCCGAGCAUUGGUGAACAAGAGUCAAAUGACUGGUCUUCGACGACCACCUGGCGGGCUCCCUCCAAAUCAACGUCAAGUUCAGGUGAACUAGCCUGAGCCCCCAAGCCCCGCCACACUUGACCUUCAAGAUACCAAAGACCAACUUCAAUCUGCCACCACAUUUUCAUCUUUUCUUCAGGUGGCUGUGGGUUUGGGGGCCUUCAGACUAGAAUGCAUGGACUUCGUCGCUUUGUUUGGUUUCCACAGUAACAUAUCGCCUUAUUUGACAACUAUCCCAAGAUCUCCAUUGGCUGUUGGAUUGCUGCCUGAGAUCUCAGGAUUGUUGUGUUGUUAAAAGGGGCUGUAAAUCUCAGGAAUGGAGUAAUGUGUUAAUAUGUGUAUGAUAAAGCAUUUAAAUUUUUGUAAGUAGAGUGUAAAAUGAGGAAGUUGUUUAGUUAGUAUAAAAACAUGGACCAUAAUUGUUGAUAUAUCAUGGUCUUUGUGAUGUUAUGAAAAGUUUAUUUUUGAUACUUGUUGGAGAAACUUUUUUUGUUGUCAAUUUUUAUGAUGGGCAUUUUUUGCCAAGGAGUAAAAAUGUGGCCAAAGGAAUAAAACUAAAUCGAACUGUCGUGUUUAGAGCUGAUAUUUUAACCAUUGCAUUUUUUCAGAUUUGUCAUUUUCUGUUUCUCCAAUAAGCAUUCUCUAUCAGGCUCUCUCAUGAAAAACCCCACCAUCCCUUCUCUGUAUGAGCCCUCAUCAAAAUAAUUGUAUAAUUCAACGAAGCUUAUUCUAUACACAUGCAUGCAUUGUCACCAUUUUAAAUAUGCAAAAGGUCUCUUACAAUAGGGAUUAAUUGCUAAACUUCUUUGUAAUGCGCAGAAGAUUGCCAUGGAAAACCAAACAAAGCCUAAACUUAACAAAUGUAUCUAGUUUUAACGUGUGAAAGCAAUCUAUUUUGCUGAUAACUCUUGUAUGUAUGUAAAACUCAAUGAGAACUUUUCUCAUUUUCAUUCAUCCCCAUAAAAAAAAGUUCUCACCCUCAAGCCUGGUAUCAGUGUAGGUCAAUCAAAAAAAUUAAGACAUAGAUAAAGAACAAUAAAAUACUGGCUGUGGCACUUUUAGGGCAUAUUCUGAUUUUAUACACAAAAUGAUACUUCACCCUAUUUUGUUACAAGGAAUAUGACAACUGACUGAAAUUAAUUUUAACCUUUUCGAAAGACAAUUUCUGUGCAACCUUGCCUUUCAAUAUUGCUGAAAUAAUUUUUCCAAUUUGAUGUGCAUAAUAUUUGAGAACAUUUCUAAGGUUGCACAGCUUUGACAGCCCACAAUAUCAUCAAUGUGGAAUUUGAAUUUAACAAAACCUAUAGAACUGUUGAUAGCAGUAUUCGGAAUAAUAAUUUGAGGGACCUUUUGUUUGUUGAGCAUUUCCAUCAUUAAACUUUAAAUUGAGCUCUUAUUUUUAAACUGUAAUUUAAGAAAUGUAUGGACUAUAUAUAUAUAUUUGUUCUGUUCAAUGAAUUUUGCUAUCCUCUAAUGUUUUAAAAGGACCCAUAAGAAAUAUUAUUCCCGAGUUAAUAGAUGCUAUAUUUUUCAAGAGGACUUACUACUACCAAUGACUUUAUUCACAAGUACAAAAUACAGUUCUUUGAAUUGUAUCAAUAUCUGUGCUGUUGAUAUUAGCAUUAAAAAGAGCCAGAGUUUUGAAUGUCUUGAAGCAAUUGCCAAGACAUUGGUGACUUUAUAUUUUUGCAUCUUAUUCUACAGAAAUAUUAGACUGCUGAUUUACUUUCAAGUUGGGCAUAAAUCCCAUUUAUUGCAAUUCAAGCAGUCUUAGAAGUGUACCCUCACUUGCAGAACACUUAUGAUACUUGGAUUAAGUCUGUACCAAGUAGUACAGCUUUAUAUUAUCUAUUAUAUACUUAUCUUUUUUCUAUCUAAACAAUUAAUUCUGUGGUCUUGAAAUGUUUCUUAAUUGCAUGUUAACUUUCAUUAGAAUAUGAUUGAUUCUUUUUUGAAAAGCAUUUUAUGUAUCUUUAGUUUCCCACGUUUAAAUAUUGAUUUUUCUUUGUGUAUUUGCAAAAGCAUUCUGUAGCUUAUAUCAAGUUACUAAUUAUUCUAUAUAUAUUCCCUUUUUGACAUUUAUGUUUAAAUUUUGAUUACUGUUCAGUAUCAAUAUGCAUUAAACCAAGUGCUGAACAUUUUAGUUGUAUUUUUACCUUGUAUUUUUUUUAUGAAACAGGAAGGUAAGUUUUGAAGAUAUUUUAAAAUUUGAAUUGGAUCAAGUAUGCAAAAUUUAUUCUUGUAGCAAUCCCAGUAUAGUAAUCUUUUUGUUAAUCAGUGGAGAUAUUUGUCUAGUUAGUGGUAAUUGUGCUUGUAAAGCAGAAGAAAGUACUGAGAGAAGUUUGGAUGAUGGGAUUGUGUACAGUGUUAAAAAUUUUAUUCUAGUAGUAGAUAGUAGUAUGGAAUUUUCUUAAUGCAUUAAUAAAUAUCCUUCCUGUUUCAGAAAUUCAGUUCAUUGUUCUGCUUUUCAUUAUAAGACAAUGUUUAAACUUAGAUAAUUAGUUUUUUUUUCUGUAUUUACUUUAUUCCUGCUUGACUGGCUGAUAUUUACAUGUAAUAGGAAAUAGGUAUUUAAAAAUUGUGUACACUGCAGAUGUAAAAUUGACAGUGUUAGUAGUAUUACUAUUAAUAUUUUGCAAUGCAUGUUAGUUAUAAGAAUGUUACACUGUGAGGAAGCCCUAGUGUGAAGGGGAUACAAAAUUAAUUUCUCUAAUUCAAAUAUAUAUGGAGGGCUCACAUUCAUAUUUUAUGGGGAUUAUAUAUUAACUUUUAAUUAGUGUUAAGUCACUCAGGUUUGAUUAUGAUUUGCAUUGUUUUUAUCUACCUCGUAUCUAAUCGGAUGAUUCCAUUACUAUUGCUGUGAUAAAAUGCAUUAUAAGUGCCAUAUAUAUCUGUUCAAAGUAUUCUUUACUUACAGUAGUACAAAAAAAAUGGCCUUUAACCUUAAAGUUACAAAAGCAUCAGUGUUUUAAAAUCAUUGCAAGUACUGGAAUCAUUUGAAUGCUAAAUGAACCUUAUAAAGCUUUCUCUUUAUUCCAUAUCAGCUAACCCCGAACCUAGAGGAACCUCGCACUGAGUAAUUCACAAUUUAUACUUUUUCCUGUAUUUCAAUGGUCAGUGUUUUUUUCUGUUAAUUAGAGGAGCUCAACAGUUAACACCUGGGGAAUUCUGCCUUUUUUCCACCAUAGAAAUAAACUGGCAGCCGCAGCAUUUAUUGUAGCAACAAACCUCUUCAUAUUUAUAUCAGCUGCAACCCUAUACAUGGCCUGUAAGCCACAUUGAACUCCUCAUAUGUUCUAUGUUUUCUAUGAGGAAUUAAAUUAUUCUAGUUAUAA